AUGUGGCGAUAUGUGCUGCCCCUUUGGUUACUCUUGCUCAGCAGAGGGAAGCGAAUGUGUGAAGGACCAAGAUCAAUCACAACCUCCCAAAGGGCAUUCAACUACGACUUCUGCCUCAACCUCCACCAAGACAUCGACAACGAGGUCAACCAGCGUGCCGACAACUCAGCCCUCUACAACAGGUGCCUCAACAACAGGAGGCUCAGCAACAAGCACUCAGCGUCUGCCACAAAUGACGAGGCUACGGGUGGAAAGGACGAGACGUCUAAGCUAAAUCUAGGGGCAAUAAUUGGGGGGGUUGUUGCUGGGGGUGCCGUUCUAUCUGUUGUUGCCCUUAUCGUUUGGAUUUGUAUACGCCGAAGGGCAAAGAAUGGUUCGGCCAGCAGCGAGAAGCCACGAUCGGACCGCUCAGGGUUUUCUACAAUCAUCUCCGAUCCCAUUGUCCAACCAAACUCUUAUCGUACCGAGUUCAUCCUCCGCCCGCCAUCGACACCACCACGCACUGAUCGUCAAUCUAUUCCGUGUAUCUCCGAGGAUCGAAUCACUCGCAGAUCCAUCCGAAAUCCUUUCAACUCCCCCAACCCUUCGGACGCGGGUACGAACUCCAGGAUCCCCUCUUUCUGCGAGGAUAGCCCUCCUCGGCAGGGGCAGGUGGGUGCACGCCUUGCGCCCAUUCGUACAAUGAAGGCAUCCAGCCAGUACCUCAAGCCUCAGCGGACCUCUAUCCACCGACAGCCAAGUGGUGAAUGUAUCAAUGUGUUCGCAGAUUCAAACGCAGUUGAUGACCAGUUUAAUCGACAGACCACAUUCACAGAACUCAUGGACAGGGCGGACCUAAAAGGCGUUGGCCGCGAUAAGCCCUAUGUCCCCGGGACAACACCGAGGAUAUAG